AUGCUCAUAACCCAACAGCAACAUCCUGUAUUUUUUAGCCCGUUUUCUGGCUGGAUCUACCGCAAGUUCACGCCCUGGGAGCCCCAUGUAUGGGGGCACUUGGUUACACGUUUGGCCCGCUCGUAUCAUUUGGUUGUUCCUGAUAUUACUAGAUCCAUGACGUGUGUGGACGAGCAUGAGUUUGGCAUGGGGUAUUUGGAAACUAUGCGGGUGGUCAGAAAUUUUAGGUCGCAUUGGGGCAUAGUACCGUCAGAUGGUGAGGGUGUUGGUGAUGACGAGGAGCCAGCCGACCAACCUCUGCCAGAGCCGAGACCGAGGUGCAGGAACGUGAGAGGAAGAGGAGACCACGGGCAGCCAAUACACCCACCUGCUUCCAUGGUUGGUACGCCUUUUGGGAGUGAUAUGGCUGGUUACUUUGACCAGUUAUCGUUGAGUUUCAAUUGGAUAGGUGGCACUGUGGAGAAUGUUGUCCGACAUCUUGGGGUGGAGCAGCCGCCUCAUUUAGGGUAUCAUUACCCGAUUUGCCCACGAUGGUCGGAGUUCAGUGGACGCGGAGGUGAUGGAGCUGGAACCAGUGGAACACAUGAUGAUGAGGAGGAUGAUUGA